GAUUGGUUCCGAAUCCCGGAACGAGCAGAUCACCUCCUUCGGCUCUGAUGUCCUUCGGGCUUUUGGCGUGUCGUAAAAAUAAAUGCAAACUUUUUUUUUCAUUUGCAGUUUCUAGUUAUUUGUUUGCAUUUGGACGCCGUCGAACGGAUGCACGUUUACGUCGUGUUCCAGGACAUUUGCACGGUUGUGAUGUUAUAUUCUGAGCUGUCAUCAGUGUGUUGUCUGUUAUCGCAGUGGAUUAAGGAAUUGUCAUGAUCCUAUGUGAAUUUUCUGACACAACCGAGGCGUAGUUGAAGGAGCAACAAGCUCCUGUAGGAUCUGUACACGUGCUGUGGGGCUGCUAUGUGGGAUCCACUGGGAGAUCCGUCACUCUGUUGUCAUCGCAUGGGAACGGAUCCAGUUCAGCUGGACACUUCUGUUUAAAUAGAGAUCCAGUUGAUUACAUCCGACAGCGCGUUUUGUGUUUGUAUUCGCUGGACACUUGUUUGUUUAAUCUUUAGCUGGACGUGAUAUCAUAUCGUAGCAUCGAUGGGAACUCAGGUGACUGGGAGGAAAAGAAUCCCGAAUCGGGAGAAAGUGUCGGCGGAGGAUGAUGCUCUGAGCCAAAUAGCUCGAGAGGCGGAGGCAAGACUGGCGGCCAAGCGGGCGGCCCGGGCAGAAGCUCGAGAGAUCCGAUUAAAGGAACUGGAGAGGCAACAGAAAGAGAUUUAUCAGGCUCAAAGGAAAUAUUAUGGGCUGGACAGCAAAUGGGGCCAUAUUGAGCAGUGGAUGGAGGACAGCGAGCGUUACUCACGCCACUCACGGAGACACACGUCGAUCUCGGAUGACGAGGAGCGGAUGUCUGUUGGAAGUCGGGGCAGUUUGAGGCCUACGGACUAUGGGGGGGUUUUGGGCUCCGGUUCCAGAGCCUCGUCACGGGCCAGCUCAGCUCGUGCCAGCCCAGUGGUGGAAGAAAGGUCAGACUUCCAGGAAAAGGGAUCAAGGACAGCAUCUACUCUCUCUGCUGCAACUUUGGCCUCACUAGGUGGCGGCUUUUCUCGGAGAGGGAGCUGUGAUACCUCCAUAUCUGUUGACACAGAAGCCUCCAUGCGAGAGAUAAAGGACUCUCUGGCUGAAGCUGAGGAGAAAUACCGGAAGGCCAUGGUGUCCAAUGCUCAGCUGGAUAAUGAGAAGUCCAACUUGAUGUACCAGGUGGACACACUGCGAGACACGCUGAUGGAGCUGGAGGAGCUGCUAUACGAGGCACGCAGGGAGUGUGACGAGAAAACAAAGGAGUGUGAUCGAGAGCGGCAUGCUCACAAUGUCCUGCAGUUCCAGUUCAACGAAAUGAAAGAGACGUUAAAACAGAGUGAGGAAUUACUAAAGGAUGCACAACAGUUGCGCUCAAAGCAACAGAGCUAUAUUAGCGAGAUCACUGAUCUACAGGAAACUCUGGAAUGGAAGGAGAAAAAAAUGAGGGCCUUAGAGAGGCAGAAGGAAUAUUCAGACUUAAUCCAAGAUGAACGUGAUGCACUGAGGGAUGAGGUUUUCCGGCUCAGGGAUGCUCUUAAGAAACAUGGCAUAUCCCUUGGAUCUGAGGUGACAACAAAUGGCGAGACAGGGAUCAACAUGACUAAUGGACCUGAACGUGUGGAAUCGGCUCAAAACACACCAGCUAUGAGUGCCGACAGUAUUUUAGAGAUCAGACUGAGGAAGCUGGUUGAUGAGAGGGAGAGUUUGCUUGAACAGGUAAGAAAGCUGAAAGCAGUCGUGGAUCAAAAUCAGAGGAACGGCACCAAGGAAGCAGUAAGUCCACAUGAAGAUGGCCUUCAGAACAACCUAGACUCACAUAUCAUCGACUUGCAGAGAGACGCUAACAGGCAAAUCAGCGACUUUAAAUUUAAGCUGGUGAAGUCCGAGCAGGAGGUUGCAGCACUUGAACAAAAUAUCAUUCGUCUGGAGGGGCAGGUGACUCGCUACAAAACAGCCUCUGAAGCAUCUGAGAAAGUAGAGGACGAGCUGAAAGUGGAGAAACGUAAAUUGCAGCGAGAGCUGAGAUCUGCUCUGGACCGUAUCAGCGAAUUAGAGGCCAGUAAUUGCCACCUGUCCAAAAGAGUGGAGAAGAUGAAAGCCAACCGGAAUGCGAUGCUUGCCCAGCAGUGAUGGCUGCUAAGCUUCACUGACAAUCUGGAAACCUGCUUUUAUUGGCAUCAGUAGCAUCUGCACUUGUUAUCUGCAUAUCAAGUUCCACAUCAAACAGAAUUUGUCCCCACUACAUCACACACGACGCUGCAUUAAACAGUCUACGAACCAUGAGAAAAGGGAAAAUGAUAUACAAAUAAUACUGACAUCCUAGGAAUUGGACAUUUAUUUGGAGUCUAACUUUUGGCUAUGGUGAAGUGUCCCCAGUGUAUACCAGAGAGGUUGGAUCAUAAUGCAGUUUCCUGAGAUCAGUAUAUUAAAUUUUGGCGCCACCUACUGGAACAUGCACUUUAUCACCUAUGCGCCAUCUGGUGGUGUCGAGAAUUCAUUGUGAGGAAAGAACUGAUUUGGGUUAUCAUUGAGGAGAAUUACAGUUAUCUGGAUUAACUCUCUGUUCUGUUUAUUAUACACCAAGUAUUAUAUGCUGUUAGGGUUUUUUUUCCCACUUUCACUAGAAAGAAAACUGCCUGUUGUAUGAAGCAGUGCAUCGAACGUCACAGGGCUCCCCAGAGGGACAAAACCAAGUGUUUUUUUAUUGACCCUCUUUUAAAUUUAGAAACAUUUAAAAUUUAGAAAAUUGUAAAAUAUGAUUCACAAAACUGUUAUAUACAUUUACUGGCCUCAUUAUUAGGAAUACCGGAACACCUGAUCAUUCAUGCUAUUAUCAAAUUACCAAUUGUGUGACAGCAGAACAAUUCAUCAAAUCGCAGAAAAUUGGCAGUUGAAGAUCGGAGGGAAAAAACAUAAUUUCCCAAAAUUUUUACAUGAACAGUACAGUUUGAGUGGCUUGUGCCCAUGUAGCCUCAGAUUAUUUUUCUUGGUUUAUAGGAGUGGAACAUUGUGGUCUUCUGCUGCUGUAGCACAUCCACCUCAAUCUGUGACAUAGUCUGUGUUCUGAGAUACUUUUUUGCUCACCAUGGUUGUAAAGAGUAUUUACUUGAGUUACUGUAGGUCUCUGAAUUUACUUGGCCUGAGUCGAAAACAGCAAAAAAAAAAAAAAACACCCCCACCCCCGAAGUUAUGACUAACAGUUGCAUUAUUAUUACCUCACCAUCUCUCACUGUCCAAUUCCUGGAUACUAACAAUAGUGGCACGUGCUGAACGGAAUAGUAACUGUUCAGUUUUCAGCUUGACACACGAGUUUUAAAUCUGCGUAUAGCUGAAUGAUGAACGUAUAAAACAGGAAGUAAUGGACAGACAGGUUUUUUUUUUGUACUGGUAAGUCUAGUACUUUAAAUGUUUUCAGUCUUCAAAAGACCACUGGCUUUUGACAGUACAUCAGCAGCUGAAGCCCCGAAGCCACAUCUUUGCAAAGCCGCUGAUAAUAUUUAAAUUUUUUGUGAAAACAGGCAGACAGAUGCCCUGCACAGGCAUGGAUAUCAUCCUAAAUAAAAGAUUGAAGAAUUUUAAUGAAUGUUAUUUUGCACAUUCCUUAUUUACUAUAUUGAACAUAAUCUCCGCAUUUAUUCUUUUUUUUCUUAGUGUUCAAUUGUUUUAACAAGCACAAAGUUUUUAGCUAAACAGAACAGUACGAGUUAAUCACAGACUGUUCCACUGAACUAGCUUCAGAUCAAAAGGGCCUUUGUAGAGUGUGUUGGCUAAUGUGGCUUUAAGGCCUGUGUCUUCAUAUGUAAUGCACAAGUGGAUUAUUCCUUAUGUUUGUUGUUUUUUUUUUGUGUGUGUGUGUUUUUUUUACAACUCAGUACACAUUACCUGUGAUUCAGAUACUGGUGUGCAAGCAACAUGUCUGGGUAAAAAAGUCUGGGUCUGCUACAAAGAAUAAAAUAUAUUGUAUCAGGAAUUCUAUCAGGCAAUAUUUCUCGAAGAUUUUAGGGAAAAGCAAUGGACUGGUAUCCCAUCCUCUAUGUAUUCUUUGGAUAAUUGUGUGGACAAAACUAACUUAUUGCAGUUCAUUCAUUUCAUCGUCUGUAACUACUUUCCUGGUCAGAGUUACAGUGACUUCAGACCACUAGACUGCAGUUGACUUGCAGUACAGUAUGUUCAAUUCCAUUUAGGCUUCACCAGACUUUGCAUUUCCCAUUUAACAACUACAUUGUGCACUUCUGCUUUAACAGUGUGUGUGUGUGUGUUGACUUAUAAAUAGUACAUUUGCAUACAUUUAUAGCUGAAUACCCUGUUCGUUUUUUUUUUUAACAAGUAAUGAUUACACUUCUUCCUAGUGGACUCAGGCUUAUGGACUCCAACUGCACACCAGUUACUGUAAGAUGCAGAUAAAUUCUAACUUGUAACUUAUGUCCGUAAAAGUAUUUCUGAAAUGUCUUUCUGCCUUCUAGCUUUGCAUUCGCAUUACAUAUCCUUCAUGACAUUCCAUUAUCACAGAACAGCAGAGGGAAAGCAGUAUAAGGUCUAAUAAGACCAAGAAGGGACACUAACUAACAUUAAUUAAGUUAAGGCAGGGACUCGUCUUAAGUUUCCACUAGUAACUAGAAGGUUCAAUGCACUUAAAUAUCAAGCAUCCAGUGUGAUUUGGUUUCAAAUUAAAUAAAUCAAAACAUACAAAUAAAAUCCAUCUCAGUAAGGCAGAGUGAGAUGUAUUUGACAACAUUCUGAUGCAUACUUUCAUAAACACCAUAAAUGUAAAACACACCAAUGCCAAUGCUACUUUAUUUAGGGUUUUUUGUUGUUGUUGUUGUUGUUGUUGUUGCCAUUGUUGUUCAUAUGUUUUCUUUAAUAUGUCUAAGUGUGUCAAAAAACAGAAAAGCAAUUAGACCUGCUCAGUAGUAAGAAGGACUGCCAAAACAAGAUGUAGACAGGCACAGAACUUUCACUUGGAUAUCACCAGCUUAUAACAUCAGUGGAAUUUGGAAUGAAUGAAUGUUUUUUUUUUAAGUGAUCAAAAAUAUAUUGCAAUAAUGCUUAGAAUUCCUGAAUUAAACUUCUUGUUGUAA